CUCAGUCACGAGGUAUCCACUGAGCAGUCGCCAUGGCCAGGACCUACAAGGUAUGGAUUGUUAUAGCUGUGGUCCUGUUGACCUUAAACCUGGUCUAUUCAUUCAGCAUCUACGACUUACUCUUCCCCCGGCCCAGGUUUCCUUCAAGAGAAAAUGUGAAGAAACGUCUCCGGAUGAUGCUGCCAUUGGACGAGUCGAACACGUGGAAUGGCUACGACGACGAGGGAUUCACCAGGAAUGGACGCAGUCUCAAACACUCGAAUCUUGGCUUGGACAUAUCACAGGCCAUGUGGCCUUGGCCUCUUGACUUCGCUGCUGAGAGAGGCCGGCAGAUGUGAGGAGUGUGAAAGCUGGUCAAUCCGUCAUCUCAAGCAACAGGUCGCAUUUUAUACGUUGCGGUAAAGAACGUUACAAAUGCAACCUACCAUGACAAGUAACGGCUCACAAAUAUCAACGUUUCCCCAUGCAACGGACUCGAAAGGUUAGGUGGGUUGCUGGGGUUCGUGCGUUUCAGGUUAGUUCAGGAGGUGGGAUUUCUGACGCAGUGGCACACCAGGAGACCGGGCCGCGCGAAGACCACCUCGAGUCAAGAACACGAAACCAUUCCUUUAUAGUCUGGGUCUGUGACCAUCUCGAGGAACAGGCUUGAACGACUCCGGCCGCUGGUCAUCUUUAACCGUGUUUUGAUGGUAGGUCGUCCUUGAACAUAGGUAGUAGGUCAUUCUUGACCAUAGGUCGGAAGUUAUCCUUGACCAUAUUUUGGUAGGUCGUCCUCUACCACUUGUACAGCUUAAUGGGGUUAAAAGGGUAAUCUAUUUUUUCAAUUUUUUCGGAUAGAAAUACAACUAAUUUUGCUACAUUUUAUUGAGUGGUGCACUUUAGAAUUGCUUAUCAAACACUUUAAGCAUUUACGAUAUUUAGUGUAUUGUAUUUUACUUCUGAAUGCUUAUUGUAUCAUUAUUUUUCUAUUGUUUUAGUUAAGAUUGUAGCUUGUAUUGUGAAUGUUGUCUCUGUUAUUUAUUGUUGUAAUUAUUACUGUUGAAAUUUAUAUAGUUUUGUUAUUAUUUAUUUAUUUUUCUUAAUUUAAAUUUUAUUAAUAUUGUUGCUAAUAGUAAAUUUGAUUUAACAAAUAUUGUUUUUAA